AUGCUGUCAAUAUGCACUGGAAUUGUUCUGUUAACACUCGCAGAAAUUGGCUCAGGGCAAAUGAUGAUGCCCAUCGACUGCAGCCAAGCACCACUGGGAUUCCAACAACUCUGCUAUCAAUUACAAGCAAUGGAUAGGAUGUCAAGGCAGCGUUGGAUAAUCAAUCAGCAAGCGGAACAGCAACAACGUCUACUGCAGGCCCCACUAGUUCCCGGUGAGCAAUGGUUAUCGCCAGCCACACCUCAGCGAAGCUUUCAGCCAAGCGCAUUCGAUUGUUUGGACCUUCAGUGCUUAUGUCCAUAUUUCCAAGUUAGCCGAUACUCUGCUCUCUUAGUGAUUCUAAUGAUAAUAGCACUCCGCUCGUCAUUAUCAUCAACGAAUUUCUUGAUCAGUGUCAACUGA